AAUUGGAAGGAGGGAACUGUGAGAACUUGCGGAUUCGAAAAGUUCGAAGAGAAAUCGGCUCCGAUUCAGUCUUGCGCCGAGAAAAGAGAGCCCAUCGCGUCUCACGAGCGGACCGGGGCUAUGGCUGCGGCCGCUGCAGCCGCGACCGGGCUGCUGCUCGCGGUGCCAGCGGGAGUGGGCAGCUCCAUCGUCGUCCGAGCUUCUGGUUGUGGACGCUGCAGCUGGAAACAAUGUUGGCCUUCGCUCAGGUGGAGCUCGGCGUCGACAGGUCCUUCGCGGUUUCGGUCUGGCGCCGUCGCGGUGCAGGUGCAGAGUCGCUAUGGAGGCCGAGACCUCGCCGCUCGAGAUCGGGAGAUAGAGUUCGGUAAGUUUAAAGGCAGUCUGCUGGGAACAAUGUCGUCCAAGUACUUGAAGUGGAUGGUCAAGAAUCUGAGGGGCGGGCCGAUGUCUGAGUGGGUGGCUUACGCGGAAGAGGUGCUCGAGGACCCUUAUUACAAGGACAGGUUGGAGUGGGAGAAAGUGGAGAAGCUCAUGACCAUGGCACACGAUUUGGACAAAAUCACAGGAAACAGGGACGUUCUUGCGCCUGCGAAAGUGUUCGGGUGGAACCUCGAGGAUGACAGUGGAUGGAGAAAGGUCAAUUUUGCUCUGCUCGGGACCACUCGCGGUGGCCGAAUUCCGCGAGUCAAAGAGCCUGCGGCGGGUGCAGCGAGCCCGGUCGGGAAGAAGAGAGUGAGGCGACAGAAUGUUUCCAUCAGGACUCAACCGGCUGCUUUGUCCACUCCGGAGUCUGCGUCACAGGGAAGCUUGAGGGAUGAAUUAGCGAGGAGAAGAGAGUUGAGACGAGACAGGCUUAUGGCGAACAGAGGUGUUAAGUCGGCCGACAUUGAAGAGGAAGCGAAACGGAUCAUGAAUCCGUUCCCAGGGCGUGACAGUAUCGUCAGUAAAGUGAGGAGCUACGAUAUUUCGGAUUAGUUGAGAAUGUCAGGUCUUAGAAAUGUAGGAUGUGAUUGGACUAUACUGAUUGAAUGGCGAUUGUUGAGAAACGUUUUGCGUCACAUGAUGCAAAUUUUCGUCAUAUUUUUUUUGCCCUCUGCCUUAUCUGGAGGUCGAAGACACAAGAAGAGAGCAGCUGGGCAGGUAGUUAUGUAUAGAUUUUAGAAAAAAAGCACACGCACAGUGUGCAGUUGAGGUGAUUUGACACUUGCAAGUCACCAUCCAGAGCAAAAAUGUUACAAUGCGUCGGACGAAGCUAUCAAUUGGAAACCGGAAAUUUGCUGUUCGAAGCUCG